AUGACUUUAUCACCAAUAUGCAAGAAGCGCUCCGCUCCAGGAGAAGAGGAGGAAGAUUGGCCCUCCGGUCCCAGCACCAAAUUCGAACCCGGCACCUCCGUCUGGGUCAAAGAAUCGCCCUUCGCGCUCGCGAAACUCAUUGGAACGCAGGGAAAAACCGCCGUCGCGGAAAUGACCGGCUCAGGCGAGCAACGCUCAAUGCCGUUAGAUAGUUUAGUUAGGGCCGAUGAGCGGUUCGAUCUUCCCGACUGCGCAGAGUUACGUUGUUUGAACUACCCGAAUGUGUUGGAGAACCUGUGUGUGCGAUUUGAUUUGGCUCGGCAGAGAGAGGAGUACCGGGGUCGGAUUUACACGUAUGCGGGUUGGACAUUGUUGUGCAUAAAUCCAUACUGUGCGGCACCUCGUUUGUACGGUGAGAAUGUGUGUGAACAAUACUUCAAGAAGCCAAUGGGUCGGGAGCCGCCGCACCCGUUUGCGGUAGCAAGUAGCGCCUUUGAGAAGUUGGUACUGGAUCGGCGUUCUCAAUACGUUUUGGUUUCGGGGGAGUCGGGUGGCGGGAAGACAGAGUGUUCGAAGCAUGUGUUGCGUUACCUGACUUGGGUUACGCGUCGGAAUCGGCGGCUGAGAGGGCGGUUAUCGUUGGACGGUCAGCGAAGUGAUGCAGCGGAGGGGUUGGCGGCCUUGUUGAUUGCGGCCAAUCCUGUUUUGGAGUUCUUUGGGAAUGCUAAGACGUUGAGAAACGACAAUAGCAGUCGUUUCGGAAAGCUGUUCAAAAUUUACUACGACACACAGGGCGAGCGCCUCAUGUCUGCGGAGCUGGAGACCUAUCUGUUAGCUAAAAGCCGGGUUGUCGACGUACCCAGCAACGAGGAAAACUACCACAUCUUCUACUCGCUGCUCAAUCAUGAUGACUACGGACCCGCCCUCUUCCAGCAGGAUCACGACACUUUCACAAGCACCUUCCUCGGCCGCGAAGACUCUAGUUACUACGGCGAACCCAACUGCCCGUUUCACCUCGAACGACUGAUUCACGCACUCAAUGAGUUUGAUGUACCUUCCAACACCCAACUCAAGAUUUACAAACUGCUAGUUGGCAUCCUGUACCUAGGCCAGGUCGAAUUUAUCCACGCUCCCUCGACCUCACCUGCCUACGCCUCAGCCCUUGGCUCCUCGACCCUUGGCGCCUCGGGCCUUGGAUCCACUCGCGCUGGCGGCGUGGGGGCCAAGCUCGGCAUUGGAGGGGAGCCGAUCAUCUCCCUUGUCGACCGCACCCCGAUGCAUAAAGCCAUGAGGCUCUGGGACAUGGACAACCCCGCGGAGGCGGCGGAUUUGUUGAUCGAAGUGCUGACCACCAAGAAGAUAAGAGAAACGACCAAACACCUGAACUGCAGAGAAGCACAUACACUACUCAGUUCACUGUGCAAGGGGCUUUACGAACACAUCUUCUCAUACGUCGUGCACAUGAUCAAAGACAAACUGUACCGGUCGUCGGUCGCAUUCGAUCAUUUUGGAGUCACCGAGGCCCAGAACCGGGGUGUUCAGAACCGGGGUGCUCUGGACAGGAGCGCUCAGGACAGGAGCGCCCAGGACAGGGGAGACUACGACUUGGGUCUCGAGCGUGAUCGGGCUGUCCAAGACGAGCAGCCGUGUGUGGGUGUGCUAGAUCUCUUUGGGUUUGAAAAUAUGGUCAAUGGAUUUGAGCAGUUGUGCAUUAACUACGCCAAUGAGGAAUUGCAGAGGCAGUUCCUGGACACGGUGAUCUUGAAUGAGAUUGAUAUCUACCGUGCGGAGGGCAUCGUUGAUGCGGAGGCAGUAGAUUGCUUCCAGAAUUACAAAGCUCCGUCUGCGCUGAGCUUGUUUGUGGGCCAACCCUCGGUGUUUUCGCUCUUGGAGGAUGCAUGCCAGUUGCAGCAGAGCGACGAGUAUUUUUGCCGCGGUGUUCGAGAACUGUUGGCGAGUGCCCACUCCAGCGGCACUGUCCAUAAGAAGCGAAAGAUGCCCGUUUGCGCCAGAGAUUCGUUCACUAUCAACCACUACGCAGAGCCUGUCACCUACGAGUCCCAGGGAUUCGUCCUGCGCAACCAAGACUACUUGUCUUCCGAUCUACAACAGUUCCUCGAACUGAACGACUUUAUCAAAUCACUGUUCACGCACUCUACUCUUCCCUUAGGCACCACUGGGGGUACUAUCGCCGCUGUAGCCCCCGCCACCGUGGGUAGUACUGCUGUGGGCAGUACUGGCGUCGGCUGUACUGCUGUGGGUGGUACUGGGAUGGGCAGCACUGGUAUUGGCAAUGCGAUCGUAAGUGGCCAUACAAUCGUAAAUGGCCCUCCCAGUCGUAUUGGGAAUAGAAAGUUCGUAGCAACAAUCAGCCAGACGUUCCAAAAACAAAUGAAGAGACUAAUGACAUCAAUGUCCCAGGUCGAAUGCUACUUUAUCAAGUGUAUUAAACCCAAUAACUUACAGAAGCCAUUUACCAUGGACCGAAACAAGGUACACUGGCAACUGGUAACUGCAGGCAUUGGACACAGUCUGAACGUUAUGUCCAUGGGCUACCCCUGUCGAAUGUCCUGCGCCAGCGUCUGGGAAAGGUUCAAACAUAUUUUGCAGCCUGGUAGCUUGGACUCCCCAAACGACUUUGCAGAACUGGUAUUGCGCUAUCUGGAUAUAGACGACUACAAAAUUGGAGCGAGCAGGGUAUUCUUCAAGUUCGGAGCCUACCAAAAAAUCGAGACUCUCCUCUUGAGCUUAACCACGGAGAACAAGAAAGCCGAUUUCAUCCAUAACAUACUAAAAUUCCGAAAAAGGUGGCUGCUGCAUAGAAUCUUCUCAGCUGGCUAUUGUGCUGUCCUAGUUAUGGAAAAGGUACAGCUAUUGCGGAGGAAAAAAAGAUGUUCAAAAAUCUCCAGGGAACUUAUUCUUUACUACAAUCAAGUGUAUUUGCCUCGCCGGCAGACGAAAGCUGUUGUCGUUAUUCAGCAGUGGCUCAUAGAUUCUGGGUUUAUACGCCUAUGGCAUCUUAGAAGGCUUCGAUCUAUCUUAUUACUCCAAUAUUGGUGGCGCGAUCGCGUACUCGAAAAUCGUUUGCGUGUGCUGCACACGAUUUUGGAGAAGAAAGCCGCUUGUAAAGUUAUCUAUUCUGUACUGCUUGGGUACAUGUAUCAAAGAAAUCGAACCAAUACAACCGAGAGGAUAGCAGCUGUGAUAAUCCAGAGCAGGAUAAGAGGGUAUAUAACGCGUAAACGCCUGGAGAAGCUGGCAAAAAUAUUCCAGAGUUCUGCCGCAAGAAAGAUACAGAGAUUACUUCGCAAGUUAGUUAGCUUGGAAACAGAUGAGCGUAAGCAGUUGCGGCGGCGAAUCAUUGAGACCCGGAGGCCAUGUUCGACGCCUGUGCGGGGGUCGACACCGCUGGCUCGGAGCGGGUUGACGCCGCUGGCCGCUGCUCGAACGCCGAUUAGAGAUGGUUCUCCCGAGUUCGGAACGUGCAGGAGUCGGCGGAUGGCCAUCCAAGCUGCAAAUGAGGAGUACCAGCGCACGAAGGAAUUUUGGGAGUUGAAGGCUGCUGAUGACCCCAACCAGAAGUCGGAGUACAUGCGGCGCAGGCGUUCGCUGUUCGCAGACACGUGUGCUGCGCCUCGGCUACCCCACGCAGCCAUUAGCAAGGUGCUCCGGGGCGAGAAGCCCGAGAUUUCGCGAGUCGCCAAUUCUCAGCCAAUAACGCCACUCAAGUUCCAACGAAGACACCAAAGAGAACUCAGUCUGUCGCAAGUAGUCCCUCAAAUCACUGAGCAGAUUGAGCUAAAAUGCCGAGAACUCUCAACGCAAAGAUUAAAUCGGGCUUCAUCCACUCACAGCAGGAGAGCGGCUCACAUAUCUAAUCAGCUGUUCACUCAAUCAUCCAACCAGCUGUCGGACCACCUAUCUAGCCAGCUAUCUAACCAGUUGUCGAACUGCUCGGAAGACUUCGGAUUUAUUGAUAAGCUCACAAGUCAUAGCUCAGUUAAUGGAGCUAGUCAGCCGUCCCUUCGACCGCAACUCAGCUCUAGGCCUCACAGCUCUGGUGUGCAGCCGAGUUUUUCGCGACCGGAUGGCGGUCAGGACAGGCCUUCGUCUUCGGCAAUGAAGCUGGGAGAACUGGCGGAUUUGCACGGACCGGCGGAACUGCAUAGACAGACGGAGCUUUAUAAACCAGCACCCGACCGUUUCUCUGUAUGCUCCGUGGCCUCUGUUCGGUCCGACUAUAGGGACCCGACCGCAGCGCGAGAAGAAGGUCCAGAGCGGAGGCGGCAGACCCGAGACUCCGUGCUGGACUCCGUGCGAGAGAUGACCCACAGCAUUGUGUCACGCAGGUCACUCAAGGAACGCGGUGACGAUGCACGACAGAGUAUGAACGACCCUGGACUACAGAACUCUGGACUACAGAACUCUGGACUACAGAACUCUGGAGCUGUUGCAUCGUUCGUCCCGUACCCGGACGUACCGUACCAUGACUCGUCGUACCACAUGAACGUGGAGGGGCAUGAGAACCGGUUUGAUGGGAGACGGUUGGGACCGAGUGAUUUGAAUGUAACGCCGGUCAGCGGUACUACGCCGGGGACAACGCCGAUGGUGCGGCAAUAUCAUGUCGACUCUUCAUCAAGCAGCCGCCAAAGUGGCUUCGGGGAGACUAAGAGGUGCAACGGCAGUAGUAGCGGGUCGUCGCCAGUUAGUCCGGGUAACGCCGGCUUCGAAACGGCGAGGGAAGAACCGGGAAAGCGCGGUUUCAAAAUGCCCUCGGCUUUCGUCGGCCUGAUCGCCAAGUUCCAGAGGUCCGGCAGUGAGCGCGAAAGCUGCUCAGAGGCCACUUCCCGCCAACAACCAGUCUGCGACCAAGCCAUGAGUCCACCCACAAAGGGACAUUUUAACGAGUACAGCAAGGAAAAAACCACUCAAGCCGAACGGACGAACGAACAGACGAACGAAUGGACGAACGAAUGGACGAGCGAAAUGGCUGACUCGUCCUUCUGGACCCUUCGAGAUAAACGCGCACGGACCGCGGUAUCCACUACUGCCGAUGACAAUGAUGAAAAACUCUAUGGGGGCGCAUCCAACAGGGACACGACUAAGAGGGUGACGGGCAACAGGGGCAUAGACAGCAAGGACGCAGUCAAUGGGGGGGCGGACGAGGACGGAAGCCGUGGCAGCAGCCAGCUGAGUAGCACUGGAUGUCGCUACUUUAGCGGCAGUGAUCACCUGGCGGAUGGAGCUGUGGUGGAGGGACCGCUGUUCGAUGGCGCUUCCGUUGCUGUUGCCAAGAACCGGUUUUCGUUUGGGAUGGAGGGGGAGAGGGGCUCUGAAGUGGACAAGUGGUUGGCGCACGACUCGUUGGGCACUAGCGGUGACGCUGGCAUGCUGGAAAAUUCAGACGGUUGGAGAGGCUUUGAAUCUGGUCGGGGUUGCAAGAAAGAAAGUCGUCUGGUUCCUGACUAUGUCCUGUCUCGCGACUGGGAGAAUGAGAUCGGUUUGGCUAGCCGAGUCGAAGCGGCCGGUGGUCUAGAUCGAGCUGGUCGAAGCGAGAUAUCGCUGAACGAUGAAGAACCCAUGGGUUUGGUAUCGGAGGCGAUCGAGGAAGAAAUCCGGAGUCGGCUAGAUUGUCUAUCGUCGAGUGCCACGUCCACGAACCUACGAAGCGGGCUCCCGACCACCGAUAAAAAGCCAGUAGACGGAAUGCCAGUGGGCGGAGUGCCAGCGGGUGGAAUUUCAAUGGGGGCAAUGUCGGCCGGCGGAGUGCCGGUUGGUGGUCGGAUUGGUGGUGGUUUGCCUUCGCCGUCGUCCUUUGGGGUCGACAAGUUGCCGGCUGUGCAAGAUGACUGGGGAUCGAACGCGGAUGUGAAGGGAAGGCCUUCCCGAGUACGGACGAGCAUUCGGGCCUGGCGGGCUGCGGAUGACGAGACCCCGAUGCUCCGAAGGAACGACUUGUCACAAGAGAUCAUCAUCACUAAAACAGAGUUGCCUUCUUCAAACGACGUUGCGACGCCGCUCUUUGGCAAGCCGCAACCCGGCGUGGUCAGAAAUGGGGGCGGCAAGAAGCAGUUCAGUCUUAACGCGGCCUUGCAGGACCUGGAAACCGUCCAGUUUGACAAGAACAAACAGCCUGCAGUUCGACUCCAAACGCUGCUCAGGAAGUCCAAGGAGAAUCUGAUAAGGCUGCCAAAGGCUUCCGGCGAAAGAAAAGGUAACUUUUGGCGGUCACUCACCUUUCUCUUUUUAGUGGUUCGAGCAUACAAGGACUCCAGGGGACUGGUAAGAUUACUGGACUGA